UAGAGCAUAAAUGAUGAUGAACAGCAGUAAAUGGGAUGUAGAUACUUAUAAACUACAAAAACACGUGCAAUCUGUGUAUAUAAAGCAUUUGAAUGCAAAACUUGUAUCACUCAACUACGUACAUCCUUUUCUUACGUGAAACCAUGAUGUGGUCUGUAGUGCUAGCCUUGAGUCUCAGUAUGUUAUUGAUGGAGGUUAUCCCCACAUCGCAACAACCUAUUAUAGUCGACGGUGAAUUAUCCGCUAAAAUGUUUCACGCUCUAGAAAAUUUUGUUCCAUCACGUCCGUUUGUGAAAAGAGAUGUGAGUGAUGAAAUUGAACGUGUCGCUGCCAUGAACAGUGAAGAAUCAAACUAUCGGCCAGAUACGAGUAAGUCGUGUAAACCUCCAAGAAUUUGCUAAUAUCCCAAAACUAUCCUCGAUGUGCCAGUUGCAUUAAUGAUUAUUGCAUUAAAUUUUUGAAUAAUAAUGUUUAUCUACUGUU